AAUGAAAAGGUCAUAGUUGUUAUGACAGGAUUGAGCAUGCUGAAUGCAGGUAUAACUACACAAUUACUGCUAAGUGUAUUUGCAGUGAAAGGAAUUGUGCACUAUGGAAUUGCUGGAAAUGCAAAUCCUAAUCUCCAAGUUGGAGAUGUCACUAUCCCCCAGUAUUGGGCUCAUACGGGUCUUUGGAAUUGGCAGAGGUAUGGAGAUGGGCCUAGUGAUGAGUUAGCCUUGGAAUCUAGUGGAGAUUACACAAGAAAAAUUGGUCAUCUCGAAUUUUCUGACUACAGCAAUGAAACAAAAAAUGGGAAGCCUGUGGGGAAUUUUUUGAACAAUGUUUGGUAUCAACCAGAAGAAAUCUUCCCUGUUAAUGGUACUCCUGAAGUUCGGCAGCAUGCCUUUUGGGUUCCCGUCAACGAGCAUUACUUCACUGUUGCAAAGAAACUCAAGGACUUGAAGUUGGAGAGUUGUGUCAACGCAACAACUUGUCUACCAAGAGAACCCAUUGUUGUGAGGGUGAAGAGGGGGGUUAGUGCCAAUGUUUAUCUUGACAACAGUGCCUAUAGAUCAUUCUUGAAUGCAAAAUUUAAUGCCACUCCAAUCGACAUGGAAAGUGCUGCGAUUGCUUUGGUGUGUCUUCAACAGAAGACACCUUUUAUUGCAAUUAGGUCUCUCUCUGAUCUGGCUGGUGGAGGGUCUGCUUUGUCGAAUGAAGCUGACAUCUUCUCCUCAUUGGCAGCACAAAAUGCAGUCGAUGUUGUAGUUAGAUUCAUCGCCCUAUUAUUUUCAUAAUUAUAUUUGCUUUUGUUAGAAUAAAUGGAAAAUAUAAUAUAUUAUAUUUUCUAUGUAUUCCAUAUUUGGUUGAUAUUGUAAUAUGUUCUAUUUACGGUGAAUUGUAAUCAAAUCACCAUGAUUUGAUUACCAUAUUAGUAUUUACUCUAAACCCUAUAAAUAUGGAUCUUUGUAUUGUAGACAUCCAAGUUA